UCCACUUAUACAAGUCUUUGUGGCUCAAUUUUUCUUUGAAGUUUAUGAAAUUCUCACAAAGAAUACAAGAUAGAAGAUUACCUAAUAAUAGGAAGUCCAACACAAGAAACCUCUGGUAAACUAUAAAUGUCGAUACAAUGGACAUUCAUAGCCGGCUAUCUCUAUUUCGAGAUAGCCGUGGUGAUCAUUAUGAUACUUCCCAUAUUCAGCCCUCGAAGAUGGAACCGGUUCUUCAAAUCACGUCUCUUUUCAAUGUUCCAACAGCACGCUGCCGUAUACUUCUAUGUUCUUCUCGGAGUUUUGAGCUUAUUCCUCAUGGACGCAGUCAGAGAAAUGAGGAAGUAUUCACACUCUUCUGACUCAACUCAUCUGCACCUUUCCGCCGAAAUGAAAGGGAAUGUCAAACUUUUCCGUGCCCAGAGAAACUUUUACAUCACAGGUUUUGCAAUCUUCCUUGCAUUUGUUAUUAGGAGACUAGUAUCAAUGAUUAUUAUUCAAGAUGAACUUAUGCAGAAGGCUGACAGUAUUAUAAAAGAGGCAGAGUCCACUGUAAAGCUAGCUAAGUCCACUGUUUUAGCUAACACUUUGCAGUCAGAAGAAAACAAACACAUGGAAGAAAUUAGAAACCAAUUGGAGACCACUGAAGAGCUAUUGAGAAUGGAGAAAUUAAGAGGUAAAGAAUUAGAAGAAGAAGCCUCAAAAUGGAAGUUGAAAUAUGAGGAGAUUGUUGCUCAAACUGGUAAAGGAGAUAACUGAAUUGUAGAUCCUGCAUGAUCAAUAUAUAUUGGUCUAAAAAUGGUGCUUUAUUGUAUAUUUUAAUAAUUUUGAAAUAUUAAAAAAUGUAUUAAAAAUAUAUUUAAGGCUUACGUAAUAAAUAUAACUGAUUGAAAUAAAUAAAAAUGUUAAUUAUGAGUAUUUCAAUGAACAAAUCGUUGAGGAUAGUGCAAUCUAAAAAAAGUGCUAGUUAUGCGUAAACUAGCAUUGGAUUAUGAGUUUCCAUUUGGGUAAUUAAGUGACCGAAUCAAACCUGCAUAAAUGUUGUGGCAACCAAAUUAGUCUGAUUUAUGGGAAUCUAUUGUUACCAGUCCAUAGACAACUUAAUGCUUAUUGUGCAAAAAUGUAAGUUGUAGCCAUUGAAACACUAAUAAUGUUAAAUCUCCCUACUGUAAAAUUGUAUUUAUUUUUUACAUUUAAUACAUGCAUGCGCCUGCUAUUUAAUACAUGCUGCUUACUAAUACUAGAGUAUGCGGAUUAGCACUAUUCCUGACAAAAUGUAAUUUCUUUUUUCUUCAUUCAUUUAUAUUUAUUUUAAAAACUUUUCAUAAAUAUAGUAACAUUUUUGCAGUAUUCUGUUUCUGUAAUAUUUUAUUGUGUAUAAUUUUAUUUCAUCUAUACAUUGUAUUAUUAUUUCUGGUUGAAGGUAACUAUAAAAAGAAAACUCAAAAAUUUUGUCAAUUUAAAUAAAUAUCUUAGAA